AUCUUCUCUUGUCUCCACUGCCUCCUCUCCUCCCCUAUAAAUUCUACUGAUCUUGCUCGUCAUCGAUCGAUAUCUCCUCUCCUCACUCCAAGCUUAGCUCGAUCGACUGCUUCCAUGGCGAGGAAACGCAAGGCCUCCGACUCCGUCGAGUUCGAAGAUGGCAACGACGUGCUCAUCAACUCACCACCACCGUUGCCGUCGACGGACGCGUGGGCGUCGGUGGCGGCGGCGGCCGCGGCGGCGCAGCAGCAGCGGGGGAGGAAGCGGUUCGUCGGCGUGCGGCAGCGGCCGUCGGGGCGGUGGGUGGCGGAGAUCAAGGACACCAUCCAGAAGAUUCGCGUGUGGCUCGGCACCUUCGACACCGCCGAGGAGGCCGCCCGCGCCUACGACGAGGCCGCCUGCCUCCUCCGCGGCUCCAACACGCGCACCAACUUCUGGCCGCGCCCCACGCCGGCGGCAGCCGCCGCGCAUCCCGUGCAGGUGCAAGUGCAAGUGCAACCGCCACUGGCAGUGGCUUCGUCGUCUCCGGCGCCGGCUCUGCCGUCCAAGGUCACCAACCUCCUGCUGCUGCGGCUCCGGGCCCGCAACCAGCAGCUCUUCAGCGCCGCCACCGCGGCGCAGCAUGAGGCCGCGCUGCUCCCGGGCCCGCUGUGCGCCGAUGAGCCGUACGGCGGCGGCGGCGGCGAGGAGUGCGCCUUCCAUGUCGACGACUUCUUGAGCUACGACAGCGGCAGCAGCGACGGCAACAGCUCGCAGGAGAUGGAGGACGAGGAGGAGGAGGAGGAAGAAGAAGAGCUGGACUUCCAGUUCAUGGACGAGCACGCCGCUGGGUGCGAGGGCGGGCUCUGCUCGCCGUUCGACGUGGUGGCGGCGGAGCUCGGCGGCGCGGUGGGGGCGGCCGACGGCGGCGAGCCGGAGUCGGAGUCGGCCGUGCAGGAGCUGAUGAGGAGGAGGAUGGACUACGAGAGGAAGAUCUCGGCGUCGCUCUACGCGCUGAGCGGCGUCUCGGAGUGCCUCAGGAUGCGCCACGGCGCCGGCGUGGGAGAUCAGCUCACCGGGCUGAGGGAGGCGUGCCGGAAGAAGCAGCGAGAUGCAGCCCAACAGCAGCAGCAGGAAGAAGAAGCACCAUCGCCGGAAGCAGCAGAGGAUGGCAAUGCGGCUCAAGAGGAGUGUUCUGGCGGCAGCGGCGCCCCGGAGGCGGCAAGCUCCUCGUCAUCAUCUGAGGCGAGCGACGGCGAUGGCGAUGGCGAUGGCGACGAGCUGCUAUGGAGCUCCCUGGACUUGGCUCCCAUCUGCUGAAUUGCAUGGUCUGUUCAGCGUAGAGAUUGUGUGGUAUUUUUUGUUACCUGCAUGGCUGAUCACUAAGAUAAGAUCAGAGGCCCUGGUGAUAACUUGCUUACCCAUUUGUUUUGUUCAAGAAAUAAGUUCAUCAGUUGCGUGAGAGAGAAAAAUACUGUGGGUGCAAAGAAAGAACUAUACCGGAGAUGUAAAAUUCUUGGUAUUCAUGGAACAUCAUGUGAAGACUCAUUGACAAAUGGAGCCACUGAAAUUCUUCGGUGAUCGAGGGCCCACCAGUCAGUGGU